AAGUCAGCGUCAGUAGAGCAGUGGAAGAGAGAAAUAAGUGGAAAGAGAGCCACUCUCAGACUACAUGUAGAGUUUAUCGAGGAAACGCUGCGAACGGGAAUAUUGUAUUUUUAUUAUUUUUAUAAGAAGAACUGGUGGCUACAGUUUCAUUUACCCCAGGAUUUGGGGUGGGGGGUCUAGCAACUCCAAACACUCCCGAAAUGGAUAGAGUUAUAACUUUUUUCUUGGCUGCUACGGUCAGUCUUGUGGUCUCAAGUAGAGGACAACUAUUCAAAGGUGACUGUAAUUUUGAGGAACCAUACACAACUUGUGGGUAUUCGCAAGGCCGAGACAAUUCAUUCAGCUGGGAGCAAGUGAACACCAAGACCAAACCAAUCACUGGAGUAUGGGUCCCACAAAGUAUAGGCUUUAUGAUGGUGAAUACCUCUGGAAAAACAGCAGGACAGAAAGCACAACUUCUGAUGCCACCUCUGAAAGAAAACGAUACUCAUUGUGUCAUUUUUCGCUACUAUGUGUCUGGAAAAGAAGGUUCAGUUCCCGGCAAACUUAAUGUAUAUGUGAAGGCCAACAAUGAACCUAUUGGUGAUCCAGUCUGGAAGAUGUCUACAGCAACAGGUACCUGGAAUGAAGUGGAGAUGGCCAUCAGUAUCUUUUGGCCCAGCUUCUAUCAGAUUGUGUAUGAAGUCGUCACUACAGGGAAGAAUGGCUUGUUGGCCAUUGACGAUGUAACAAUCCAAGGUCAUCAGUGCAUCAACACGCCACACUUUCUCCAUAUAAAGGGAGUAGAAGUCAAUGCCGGUCAGACAGCUGUCUUCCAGUGCACAGUCAAUGGGCAGAAUAAAGACAGCUACAGGCUCUGGUUGCAGGGUAUUUCUGGCAAGGAAACACCAAUGAAGGAGGCCAAGACACUCAACCCCAGACGUUUCCAAGCAAUGUUUAACAUAGAAAACACCACAAAGCAGGACUCGGAAAGCUAUCGGUGUGUUGUACAUUCUAACAAAGGAGUUGGAGUUUCAACUUUUGGCGAGCUCAUUGUGAAACAGCCUCCUGUUCCUAUCGCCCCACCUCAGCUCACUGCAGUUGGUGCUACAUACCUGUGGAUUCAGCUGAAUGCAAAUUCUAUUAAUGGUGAUGGUCCAAUUGUAGAAAGGGAAGUGGAAUAUAGAACACUUUCUGGGAGUCUGAUUGACACACAGCAAGUAGAGCAGACAAAGCUCAAAAUUGGUCAUCUGGAUCCAGAUACGGAGUAUGAAAUAAGCGUUUUACUCACAAGGCCUUUGGAGGGUGGAACCGGAGCACCAGGACCUGCUCUUCGAGCCCGGACUAAAUGUGCUGAUCCCAUGCAUGGUCCGAGGAAUUUAAAAGUAGAAAACAUCCAGUCCAAACAAAUCACAGUUAGUUGGGAGCCAUUUGGAUACAAUGUGACCCGCUGCCACAGUUUCAACUUGACUGUUCACUAUCAGGACUUGGCAGGGAAAGGAGAGGGAACCAGUGAAGUGGUGCAGUAUGGACCAAAUGGUAACAUCCCCGAGCACACAAUCCAUGGUCUGCCCCCAUAUACAAAUAUCAGUGUCAAGCUGGUGCUGAUGAACCCAGAAGGACAGAGAGAAAGCCAAGAGUUGGUUGUUCUAACUGAUGAAGAUGUGCCAGGACCUGUGCCUCAAGAUUCUAUUGUAGGAAAAACGUUUGAAGAGAAGAUCUAUCUACAUUGGAAAGAACCAGUUCAGACAUAUGGCGUUAUCACAUUGUACGAGAUCGCCUUCAAAGCUGUCAGCUCAUUUGAUCCUGACUUCAACUUAUCCAACCAAAGUGGGAAAGUGUUCAAGCAUGGGAAUGAGACUCAUCACUUGUUUGUUGGUCUCUACCCUGGGUCCACAUACAAUUUUGCCAUCAGGGCAAGCACAGCAAAAGGCUAUGGGGCAUCUUCAUCAUCCCAGUUUACAACCAAGAUAUCAGGUACACCCCCCUCAAUGCCUGCUUAUGAUCAAGAGACACCCUUGAAUCAGACUGAGAGCAGUGUGACGGUACUUCUUAAGCCAGCGCAGAGCAGAGGGGCACCCGUCAGUGCCUACCAAGUGGUGGUUGAAGAGGAACGGCCGCGGAGAUCCAAAAAAUCAGCUGAAAUCUUGAAGUGCUAUCCAGUGCCAGUCCAUUUCCAAAAUAUGUCUCUUUUAAAUUCUCAGUACUAUUUCACUGCUGAGUUUCCUGCUGGUGGCAUCUACUCUCAGCCGUUCACAAUCGGAGAUAACAGAACAUAUAAUGGAUAUUGGAAUGUCCCCCUGCUGCCUCAUAAAAGCUAUAGCAUUUACUAUCAGGCUAUAAGCACUGCAAAUGGGGAAACCAAAAUUGACUGCGUCAGAGUGGCCACCAAAGCUGCGAUAAUCGUGACUCAGCUUACAACGCCAUACAUUCGCAUCGCACCUGCUGCUGGCGACGACCAACUAACAGGUGCAGCCACUCGUAAACCAGAUACAGUUGAGCCAGAGAAGCAAACAGACCACACUGUGAAGAUUGCUGGAGUCAUUGCUGGGAUCCUUCUGUUUGUCAUCAUAUUUUUGGGUGUGGUUCUGGUCAUGAAAAAAAGAAGAAGCUAUCACUCCUACACUUAUUACCUAAAACUGGCAAAGAAGAGGAAGGAGACAUUAAGUAGCACACGGCAAGAAAUGACAGUGAUGGUGAACUCAAUGGACAAAAGUUACACAGAACAGGGAACAAAUUGUGACGAGGCAUUCUCCUUCAUGGACACCCACAACCUUAAUGGGAGACCAGUUUCAUCUCCAUCUUCAUUUACGAUGAAAACCAACACACUGAGCACAACAGUGCCAAACUCCUACUACCCUGAUCCCUUUGUGCCAACUGCAAUUUUAGACGAAAACCACACUAUGGCGAGUGAAACAAGCAGUCUCGUCCAAUCUCACUCCUAUAAGAAAAGAGACCCAGUGGAUGUGCCAUACCAGACUGGACAGCUACACCCUGCAAUAAGAGUAGCAGACCUUCUUCAACACAUCACUCAGAUGAAAUGUGCAGAGGGAUACGGCUUUAAAGAGGAAUAUGAGAGUUUCUUUGAGGGACAGUCUGCACCUUGGGAAUCCGCUAAGAAAGACGAAAACAGAAUGAAAAACAGAUAUGGGAAUAUCAUUGCAUAUGAUCAUUCCCGUGUCAGGCUGCAAGCCCUUGAGGGAGAACAAAAUUCUGAUUACAUUAAUGCAAAUUAUGUUGAUGGCUAUCACAGACCAAACCACUACAUUGCCACACAAGGUCCAAUGCAGGAAACAGUGUAUGACUUCUGGAGAAUGAUAUGGCAAGAGAACACUGCCAGCAUUAUCAUGGUGACUAACCUUGUAGAAGUGGGACGAGUAAAGUGCUGCAAGUAUUGGCCAGAUGAUACAGAGAUCUACAGAGACAUUAAAGUGACGCUCAUUGAAUCAGAACUGCUCUCUGAAUAUAUCAUUAGAACAUUUGCAGUUGAAAAGAGAGGUGCACAUGAAAUCCGAGAAAUCAGACAGUUCCACUUUAUUGGAUGGCCGGAUCAUGGUGUGCCAUAUUACGCUACUGGCCUUCUUGGGUUUGUACGAAGAGUCAAGUCCAAGAGUCCAGCUAAUGCUGGCCCAAUGGUGGUCCACUGCAGUGCGGGAGCUGGAAGAACAGGUUGCUUCAUCGUUAUUGAUAUUAUGCUGGACAUGGCUGAGCGUGAAGGAGUGGUGGAUAUUUACAAUUGUGUGCGAGAGCUUCGCUCCAGGAGAGUAAAUAUGGUUCAGACCGAGGAACAAUAUGUGUUUAUUCACGAUGCUAUACUGGAAGCCUGCCUUUGUGGGGAUACUACAAUUCCAGCCUCUCAGCUCCGCUCAGUGUAUUAUGAAAUGAACAGAUUGGAUCCACAAACCAACUCCAGCCAAAUCAAAGAAGAGUUUCGGACGUUAAACAUGGUGACACCGACAUUACGAGUAGAAGACUGCAGUAUAGCUCUCUUACCCCGAAACCAUGAGAAGAAUAGAUGUAUGGAUGUUCUUCCUCCAGACAGAUGCCUCCCCUUUCUUAUCACCAUCGAUGGAGAGAGCAGCAAUUACAUCAAUGCUGCCCUGAUGGACAGCUAUAAGCAACCAUCAGCCUUUAUAGUCACACAGCAUCCAUUGCCAAACACUGUUAAAGACUUCUGGAGGUUGGUUCUGGACUAUCACUGUACGUCAAUAGUGAUGCUGAAUGAUGUUGAUCCAGCCCAGUUAUGCCCUCAGUAUUGGCCAGAAAAUGGUGUUCACAGACACGGGCCUAUUCAGGUGGAAUUUGUAUCGGCAGACCUUGAAGAGGAUAUCAUUAGUCGAAUAUUUAGAAUUUAUAAUGCAGCAAGGCCUCAGGAUGGCUAUCGGAUGGUACAGCAGUUCCAGUUCUUGGGAUGGCCAAUGUACAGAGACACGCCAGUAUCAAAACGUUCCUUCCUGAAGCUCAUUCGACAGGUCGAAAAGUGGCAAGAAGAGUAUGACGGUGGAGAGGGACGUACUGUUGUACACUGCUUAAAUGGUGGAGGCCGCAGCGGAACCUUUUGUGCCAUUAGUAUUGUCUGUGAAAUGCUCCGACAUCAAAGAGCUGUUGACGUAUUCCACGCUGUAAAAACACUUAGGAACAAUAAGCCCAAUAUGGUGGACUUACUGGAUCAGUAUAAGUUCUGCUAUGAAGUAGCACUGGAAUACUUGAAUUCUGGGUAACAUUUGCCUUGAUGGAAUUGCUUUUUGACACAUGGACAUGUUAUGUGUGUGAAGCACAUGAAGACUGCUCACCUGUAGAAGGGUAGACUGACAUUUUUUAUCUGAUACAAACACAAAAGAAGAUGAACUUUUAAAGAAAAAUCUGCUUGCACUGCCCAUUUUUCACUGUAAUUAUUGUGACUCUUAAUGUACAGCAAGGAGUGGUUGAACACGAUCAUCAUUCAAGCAUUGCCCGUCCACCAUAGCUAGAUGGAGAAAGAAAACUACAUGAACACAGUACUGUAGUGUACUGAUGUUAAACAUCAAUUUUAAUCAUUAUCUUCUUGCCUGUGAUUCUUGUUUACUGCCUUCUAUCCUCGUUGGAUGCAAAAGUGUCAUUUCCGUAUAGUGGGGAAUGCAAUAUACAGUAGCGUCAUUUUAACAUUUUAUUUAGUAUGUUUUUCUACACUAACAUGAAGCAGUAUACAAAUAUUAAGCUAUUGAUGAACUAAACUGGCAUUUAAUUGCAAUACUUAAUGUUGAUUCAUUGUGCUGUAAUUGCUACAGAUUAUUGUACAUUUGAGAAAGAAAUGCUUCAAUUUAUAAAAAAGAUCCAAAAUGUCUAUGUCUAAAUAAAAAAAAAAUCCAAAGUGUUUUUCUUCUGCAUUUGUUCAUAUUGUAAAUAUAUUUUUUUUAAUUCAUCAAAUUAUUUAUUCAUAGAGUCCUUUUUGUGAAGCACAGUGAGUGACAAUCAUCUUUUUUUCAGACUCAAUACGUUGUUGACAAAUUACAAUGUUCGCUUUUGUUUAUCUUGUAUGAUUUAACAACUCAAAAAUAAAGUAUCUUUCUCUCA